CGAACCGCGCGUCGCGCCAUGAGCGCGCAUAAAAUCUCGCGAGUGUCGUGUCGCUAAAAUAUUAAAAGAGUGUACCACAAUCGACUAUUCCUCGAAAAUGGAUGUGAAGUUACUUGUAUGCGUUCUCUUCCUGUCAGGUUCAUCAUGGGCGACGUGUCCGUUCCCGGGUGCUCCGGCGCACUCGCGCGUGACGUUCUCGGACGAGAGCCUGGCGGAGGCGACGGAGGCGACGUACGAGUGCGAGCGAGGGUUUGAGCUGCUCGGGCCGCGCAGGCGCGUAUGCGGCGCCACCGGCCGCUGGUAUCCUGACGGCAUACCUUUUUGUGUGGUGAACGUGGCGGCGGGCAAGGCGCCCAUGCAAGUGUCCACCGAAGACGGCGGCGUCCCGCAGCGAGCCCUGGACGGCAGCACGGCGGCAGCUUUCUCCGACACGUGCACGCUGACGCGGGCGGAGCGCGUGCCCUGGUGGUACGUCAACCUGCUGGAGCCCUACAUGGUGCAACUGGUGCGCCUCGACUUCGGGAAACCCUGCUGUGGCGCGAACAAGCCGGCAGUGAUCGUGGUGCGCGUGGGCAACAACCGGCCGGACCUUGGCACCAACCCCAUCUGCAACCGGUUUACGGGCUUCCUGGACGAGGGGCAGCCGCUGUUCCUGCCGUGCAACCCACCCAUGCCCGGCGCCUUCGUGUCCGUGCACCUGGAGGCGGCCCAGCCCAGCCAGCUGUCCAUAUGUGAAGCGUUCGUGUACACGGACCAGGCGCUGCCCAUCGAGCGCUGCCCGCAGUUCCGCGACCAGCCGCCCGGCAGCACAGCCACCUACAACGGGAAAUGCUACAUCUUCUACGACCGGCAGCCGGCGACGUUCCGCGACGCGCUGGCCGCGUGCCAGGCGCGCGGCGGCACGCUCAUCGACGAGAGCAACCCCGCGCUGCAGGGCUUCAUCAGCUGGGAGCUCUGGAGGCGACACCGGAGCGAUAGCAGCAGUCAGUACUGGAUGGGGGCCGUGAGGGACCCGCAGGACCCCGCCAACUGGAAGUGGGUGAACGGCGAUGACGUCAUGGUGUCGUUCUGGAACGCGCCCGGCGGCUCGGACGACUGCGUGCGCUUCGACGGCAGCAAGGGCUGGCUCUGGGCGGACACCGACUGCAAGGCGCGCCUCAACUACAUCUGUCAACACCAGCCGAAGGCGUGCGGUCGUCCGGAGCAGCCGCCCAACUCCACCAUGGUGGCGGAGAGCUUCGAAGUGGGGGCCUCGGUGGAGUACUCCUGCGACGAGGGCCACCUGCUGGUGGGGCCCACUGUGCGCACCUGUCUCGACACCGGCUUCUACGACGAGUUCCCGCCUGUCUGCAAACGCAUAGUAUGCGGGUACCCGGCAGACAUAGCGCACGGUAGCUACAAGCUGCUGAACGGGUCAGUGUCGUACCUGUCGCAUGUGCAGUACUCCUGCGCAGACGGGUACGAGAUGACGGGCCGCGCGCGGCUCGUCUGCGACAUCGACGAGCGCUGGAACGGCCCGCCCCCGCGCUGCGACGUGGUGCAAUGCGAGCCGCCGGCGCAGAUUGCGAACGGGCGUGUGACUCUGUCGCACAACGCGUCUGUGUUCGGCGCAGUGGCCGAGUACGCAUGCGCGCGGGGAUUCAAUAUGGCGGGCGCGCGCCGCAUCGCCUGCAUGGCUUCCGGCCUGUGGGACAAGCCGCCGCCGCGAUGCGAACAAGAGGAGCGCCCGACAACCACGACGACGACGACGACCACCCCUCCACCGACGACGGUCCCCACGACGCCAGCGCCCACCACGCCGCGCUUCAUCCCCACCAGACCUCGACCAACGCCGCGGCCUGUUUCCCCCACACCAUUCGUGCCAGAGCCACCCCGGCGCCCACGCCCGAAGACUACGACCGAGCGGCCGACGACCAGGGCGUACUCGCCGACCACGCGGGCCUAUGAGCGACCGCCGGAGAGGAAGGUCACCGUGGGCGACGCGCAGGAGUCCCCCACGAGCCACGUGCCCCACAUCAUCGUCGCCAACCAUCCGAGAGAGAACCAGAUAAUCGGUAGCGGUAACAACAUCCGCGCGGAGCAGACGCCGCGCGUGAACGUGCCCGUGCCGGUGGACGGCGAGCGGCGCACGGAGACGGGCCCGCGGCUCAACAUCGGCGCGGUGGUGGCGCUCGGGGCCUUCGGGGCGCUCGUGUUUCUCGUCGCCAUCAUCACCACCAUCGUAAUCCUCGUCAGGAGCAGGAAACACCACGACGGCAAGCGGUACCGGCACCACGUGUCGCCUGACUGCAACACGGUGGCCUCGCUGGACUCCUCGUCGUCGGAGUCACGCAGCGGCCUCAACCGGUACUACCGGCAGGCGUGGGAGGAGCUGCACGAGGCGGCGGGCGGCGGCGGCGGCAAGGCGCGGCGCCACGACCGCGAGGCACCCAAGGAUGGCUCCGAGCUGGUCGUCUCUGACGUGUACCCCGCCCCGCACCCGCGCGACAAGCGCCGCCACCACCACCACCACCACCACCGCGACCGCAACCCCAUGCCGGUGCACUCGCCACAUCGACCCCACCAUAAUCAUAAUAAGCCUAGGUAUUAAUUGACACGGACGACUCAUUUCUCUAACAUUCUCAAGGAUAUUUACGACUCUCACACACGCUCUUCUAUUAAUCGAAUCGACUUUUUUUAAAGUAACGACAUUGUAUCAUGCACUAAGUCGGGCAACGAACUGAAUUGAAAAGUAUCCUUACAUUUUGUGUAGGUACUACACACAGUGGUGCAUUGCCCAUUUCUCUUAUCCACACAAUUUUGUCCUCUAUCUCCGUUCAUAGAAUUCAAUAAUUGUUCUUAAAUUAUUCUUGCGAUAAGUAACUGUCUUUGAAAUCCAUGUCGUCGUUGGUCUAUGUAUGUAUUGUUAAGUGAAAUUAACUAAGCUUCGCUCCCGGGUUUGCCCGUAGCAAACAGCAUGCGUGGACGGAGUUGAGUGUAUACCAAAUAAUGCGUAAGCUUCUUUGUUAUUUAUUCGUUAACUGCGAGCUGGUUCCGAUGUGUCAGCGCAGCGCUCUCAACUGUUCAUGAAACAUGAUGGCUGCUUCUGUAUCGUUGAUCGUUGAAGGCCAAUUACUCUUUUGCUUCAUAACUAUGAUUACCUUGAUCUUUUCUUAAAAUUACAUUUUAUUUACAUCAUUUUACAUGAAUUUCCGUUGUUUAGUAUCUUAGUAUAUAAGCAGUUAUCAGUUGUAUUGUACAUAAUAAAUAAUGUUAGUUUAAUUCGCAUAAGAUUAGAUUGAAGUUAAUCAUUGUUCCCUGCUCUAACUUUCUUGUCUGAAAUAACGUUCUCUUGUUGUUAAUUUGUAUAAUAGUUGCACUUCUGUUUGAAUUGUUUGUGAAAAAUAUUGUUUAGUAUAAAGAUAGCGUCGGCGCAAAUACAGAGAUCCGAUGAUAGCACUGGUGUCGUGCGCGCGCCGCCAGCCGCACCUGCAUCUCUUGUAGACUUGUAACAAUCUGUAGACAUUCCACAUUAUGGUACAAAGUAAUGAUAAAAAUAUGCUCAAAGAUCGAUUUUUUUUUUGAUAAUAUUUUGACAUAGUGUAAGACGAGACAGAAUAAAGUGUAAUUCAGACGAAUCUACGAAUAUGUGCCAUUACACAGGCAAACAUCAAGUAUAGGAUAUUACAGUUACGAUUGUGUUAUAAUUUAUUGUAUUAUUGAUGUUUAGUUAAGGUUUAUUAUAUUCUGAGGUGUGCAGGUGGUUGUCCCACGGCAGCCGAGACGCGGUCACCUGUUCAUCUCAGG